CGCGUUACGACGUCACCCACCCCACAGUAAAUACUCAAAGGAUUCACAUCAUAAUCUGGACCAUAUCUGCGCUGGCUGCGUAAACCCGACAUAAUGAAGUUUUCAUCCUCCGCCCUCGGGGUAUUAGGCGCCUCAACCCUGCUGGCAUCAGGCGCCGGUGCAAUUAAUUUGGAGAUUGGCAAUCCAGACUCGAUUAAGAGUGCAGCAAAGACCAUUGCUGCCGGUAUGAGGAAAUACUACACCGGAGAUAAGCCUGGCGAUACUCCUGGAAAUCUUCCUGACCCCUACUACUGGUGGGAGUGUGGUGCCAUGUUCGGGAGUCUGAUCGAUUAUUGGUACUACACUGGUGACUCUCAGUACAAUGCCAUCACUGUCCAGGCUAUGCAGCAUCAGAUCGGUGACUACAACGCUUUUAUGCCCCCUAACCAGACCAAGACCUUGGGUAAUGAUGACCAAGCUUUCUGGGGCAUGGCCGCUAUGUCUGCUGCAGAGAACAAAUUCCAGGACCCACCUGCAAACCAGCCUUCGUGGCUCUCUCUCGCUCAAGCUGUUUUCAACACCCAGGCAGUCCGCUGGGACGAGAGCACUUGUGGUGGAGGUCUAAGGUGGCAGAUUUAUGCUUUCAACAAUGGAUACAACUAUAAGAACACCAUUUCCAACGGAUGCUUCUUUAACAUGGCCGCCCGUCUCUACAAGUAUACUGGCAACACGACCUACAGCGAUUGGGCCGAGAGGAUGUUUAAGUGGGAGCUCGGGGUUGGCCUCAUGAGCAAAGAUUAUCACUACUUUGACGGUACCGACGAUACCAUCAACUGUACUCAGAUCAAUCACAUUCAGUGGACCUACAAUGCUGGUGUGCAUAUGGCUGGCGCUGCCGCCAUGUGGAAUGUGACUCAGUCCGAUGAGUGGAAAGCUCACUUGACCGGAAUCAUCAAUGCUACUUCUAUCUUCUUUUCCACCGAGGCACCGAACGUCAUGUUUGAGGUUGCUUGCGAAUCGAACGGCAAGUGUGACGUCGAUCAACGGUCCUUCAAGGCUUACCUAUCCCGUUGGAUGGGUUACACUGUUAAGGUCGCCCCCUGGACUCGGGAAUUAAUCAUGCCAAGGUUGCAAGCCUCUGCUAAGGCAGCGGCUGCACAGUGCAAUGGUGGCGCUGGCCAGGACCAAUGUGGCCUCAAAUGGACUCAAAACGGACAGAAUGACAACAGCUUCGGUGUUGGCGAGCAGAUGUCUGCUCUUGAAGUCAUCCAGGCUUUGCUUCUUGAUCAAGUCGCUGGGCCUGUCUCAGCAAAUACUGGUGGAACUAGCAAGGGUAACCCAUCUGCAGGAUCUGAGAACCAAAACAAGCCCUUGACUUUCAACAGCAUCACCACAGGCGACAAGGCUGGAGCUGGCUUCCUCACGACCCUCGUUCUUAUUGGUAUUAUUGGUGGAGCGUGGUGGAUGGUGUCGUAAUGGGGAUGUAAAUAUUGGAUUGUUUUGGGUUUUGGUCAAGCUUUCCUUUGUUUACCACUUAGGGUCAGCCGACUUCCUUCACAAGGAAGUUUUCGUCGCUACUUUGGAGCUGCUGGUGUU